GGGGAUGUGCGGAUUCUGAACGGGCUUGUUUUAAAGCCGCCCAGCAGCGAACAUAUCGCUCCCCGGUCCAGGAGCUGGAGCUAAGUUUAGCUUUUGUCUUCUACCUCCAUCCCUCCUCGGAACCUUUUUACAACCCCUCUGGAGAUAAUCACCAAUUUUACCUUUUAUUGUGGAUACCUUUGCACCGGACCAAGCUUCUAUAUCUGCGACGCGUUUUUUAUUAUUACCAUUAUUUUAUUUAAUGGGGAAAUAAGUAUAGAUCUGCUCCUGUGUAAAAUUCAGAUCAUAGAGGGGUUUAUGUGAGGAGAGUUUUCUGGGAUUGUGUUCAUAUAAUUGUAUUUACCAUCACUGCGGAGGCAGUAGAAGUAGUAGUAUUAGCUCCCACCUCCUCAUCUACAUCCUACUCCUCUUUUUUCUUUUCUUUUUGUUUUUGUUUGACCGGUUUUCUUGGUUUAGAAGAAGAUGGGACUGCCCGCCCUGGAGUUCAGUGACUGCUACCUGGACAGCCCUCAGUUCAGGGACAGGCUCCGGUCCCAUGAACUGGAGCUGGACAAAACCAACAAGUUCAUCAAGGAGCUGAUUAAAGACGGCAAGGCGCUGAUCCAGGCUCUGAAAUGUUUGUCAACGGCAAAGAGGAAGUUCGCUGACUCCCUCAAUGACUUCAAAUUCCAGUGUAUUGGAGAUGCUGAGACGGAUGACGAAAUAUGCAUAGCCAAGUCGCUUCAGGAGUUUGCAGCUGUCCUACAAAACCUGGAGGAUGAGAGGACAAGGAUGAUUGAAAACGCCAAUGACGUGUUGAUUACUCCGCUGGAGAGGUUCAGGAAAGAGCAGAUCAGUGCAGCAAAGGAAGCCAAGAAGAAGUACGACAAAGAGACAGAGAAAUAUUGUGCGGUGCUGGAGAAACAUCUAAGCCUUUCAGCAAAGAAAAAAGAGUCCCACCUACAUGAAGCAGACAACCAGGUUGAUCAUGUCAGGCAGCAUUUCUAUGAAGUUUCUCUGGAGUACGUUUUUAAGGUUCAAGAGGUUCAAGAGAGGAAGAUGUUUGACUUUGUGGAGCCUCUGUUGGCAUUUCUACAAGGCCUGUUCACCUACUAUCACCAUGGCUAUGAGCUCGCAAAGGACUUUAACCAUUUCAAGACUGAUCUCACUAUCAGCAUACAGAAUACGAGGAACCGUUUUGAGAGCACACGUUCUGAGGUUGAAAGUCUGAUGAGGAAGAUGAAGGAGAACCCUCAUGAACAUAAGAGCGUCAGCCAGCACACCAUGGAGGGCUACCUGUUCGUUCUGGAGAAGCUCAAUAAAUGGGUGUAUAAUCUAAACAGAGACAACCAAACUGAGGCCAUGGCCCAGCUGGAUGUCACUGGGUUCAACAUCAUGAAAAAAUUCAUCUACGCCGUGGAAACUCGAGGUAUUGGGGAGCAGGGCUUGUACCGUAUCGUUGGCGUAAACUCCAAAGUACAGAAACUACUGAGCCUGGCUAUGGAUCCUAAGACGUGUGCUGAUGUGGAGCUGGACAACCCAGAGUGGGAGAUUAAAACAAUAACAAGUGCAAUCAAGUUUUAUCUCAGGAUGUUGCCUGCACCUCUCAUGACAUAUCAGUACCAGAGGAGUUUCAUCAAAGCUGCCAAGAUGGAUAACCCAGAGGCCAGAGUGAAAGAGAUCCACGCUCUCGUCCACCGACUGCCUGAGAAGAACAGACAGAUGUUAGAGAUGCUGAUGAAACAUCUGAACAAUGUGGCCAGCCAUCACCAACAGAACCUGAUGACUGUGGCCAAUCUAGGUGUGGUCUUUGGUCCAACUCUGCUCCGUCCGCAGGAGGAGACAGUCGCUGCCAUCAUGGACAUCAAGUUCCAAAAUAUUGUGGUGGAAAUUCUCAUAGAGCACCAUGAAAAGAUAUUCAGGGACGUACCAAGUUCAACAGGCAAUUCAACAAACAUGCAGCCUGAGCCGAUGAGGAGAACAAGCACUGAUAGUAAACCACCAUCUUGUAGCGAGAGGCCUCUCACUCUCUUCCACACCCCAACACAUUCUCAGAAAGGUGAAAAGAGGAACAGUGUUGGAAACACUGACCUCCAGCCACCGGCGUCUUCCUCUGCAAACUGUAACAGCAGCAGCAGCAGCAGUAGCAGCACGGGCAGCAACAAUCGAACCCCGAGACACAGUCUGACCAGCAACGAUGGAGAGCAAGACAGUCGGCAAGUCCGACCCAGCUCACUACUGAACCCAAAAAGUCGGGGCAGCAUACCAACAAUUGCGGCGUCUCCCAGCCCCACCUCGCCACGCUCUCCCUCCUGGCCAAUGUUCUCAGCGCCUUCGAGUCCACAGCCCGUCUCCUCUGCGUCCAGUGACUCCUCUCCUGUCAGCAUCACAGGCAGGAAGGCUCGAGCGCUCUACGCUUGCAAGGCAGAGCACGACUCGGAGCUGUCCUUCAUCGCCGGGACCGUCUUUGAGAACGUUCACGCUUCAAGGGAACCCGGCUGGUUGGAGGGAACUCUGGACGGUCGAACUGGGUUGAUCCCAGAAAACUACGUGGAGUUUCUAUAGCCCGAGUUGACCGAGAGACAAUUGUAGUCCAAGCUGGACUUGACUGCAAAAAAAAAUUCCCUGUGAUCACAUGAUCCACUGAACCGGGUUUUAUUGGACUGAAGAAAAGAAACCGGACCCAACAGAACCGGAUCAAAGGGAUAUAAGAGGACUGAGGCAGGGUGGUAUUUCAAUUGCACUGGGAAGAGAGAGAGAGGGGUGUUAUUGGUUCCUGUGAGUGGAGUUCACAGUGAGGAAGUGGAAAACGUCACUGAUAAAAUUACUCUUAUAAUUGAGCUGAUAUUUGAGUUGAGAGUUGGCGAUUUUCAUUUUGGAACGUCUGAUUUAUUACUCUGAUCUGGAAUGCCAGUUCUUCAUCAUUCCCUGUUUUCAUUAGGUAGAUACAGCAUUAUUGACAGAGAAAAGAUAAAUAGUGAGUGGCCUUCAGCUUUAAACUGAUGGUUUGCCUCUCCAUUGUUUGAUCGCUAAUCCCCUUGGGAAAUCUGAGCCGUGGAAGCGGACUGUAAUGAUCGGGCUCUGCUGUAAAGUCUUUGCAAUCGCUCGUCAGGGGUUAAUUCCAGGUAAAGAGACUCUGCCCAGCCGCAGUUAAACGACCGUAGCUCCAGGGCAUACCAACAAGAUGGACGAGUGCGCUUCAAGUGCCCUGGGUGUCAUGAUCAUUUAUGGCUUUUUUUCCUCAUAGAGCCAUCAUUAAGAAAAAAAAAAAAGUGAAAAAUCUGAAGCAGGAUCCACAGGCGGUUUACAGCCAGGCGUAGGAGGAGCAGCUGAUUGCUGCAGGAUAAAACAAACCCAGCUGCAAGGCCUUGCUGUGAGUGCAGCGAGUGUGAGUCAUGUUUGCACUAUGUUGGUCCAUUCUUGGAAUUCUAAUCAACCAGGAAGCUUUUUUUUUUCUCUUUUUGUUUUACAUCACAGAUUACCUACAUGUUUUUCUCCAUUUUUAUUUUUUCCAUCAUGCAGGUUCUAAAGCUUUAAUCUCAUCAGCACACAGACAGAAAACUUAUCACCAUUCCUCAGUAUUGAUCUUCCAAGGAAUCAUAAAGACAAUUCUAGAACUAAUAAUGAUGGACGUUUGAUUUUAUAGCUAAUAAAAUGUAGAUUAUUUUCUGGAAUGCAGUGACUGCUGUUUCCUGAGUUGAACCACUCUGAAUGUUUUGGUAAUAUUAUGCUUUUUUUCCCCUAUUUUAUAUUUCAUUAUCCACUUGAUUCUGUUUUAAAUGGGAAAAACAAACGGGAGAAUAACAAAAGCAAAGCUAAUGUGAAACAAGACUACUUUGUUCAUAUAUAAACUUAUUUAUAAGAUUUUCUUAAAGGUAAAAUCCUUCAUCUUUUUGAGGUGUUUUAAUGAUCCUGUACAAAAAAACAAGGAUUUUGAUGGGGUAUAUUUUUUUCACACAUAUGAAAUGUUUUUUUUUUUUUGUGUAUUUUUUAGCAUACUAACUUAAUUCCUGUAUUGCUUUUUGCCAGAAUCUUCUAUUGUUUAUGUCUGUCCACAGCCUUAAAUAUUUCUGCAGAUGUUUUGGUGAAGGAUU